GUCCAUCCUGUCCAUCCCUGUCCAUCAUGUCCAUCCCUGUCCAUCAUGUCCAUCCCUGUCCUGGGGGAACGCAAUUUUUUAUUGGUGUUUAUAUGAGCUCUCGAAUUUCGGAAACAAUGGAAUAUAUUUUAAGUGCAAAUGCACCGUUGUAAGGCUUAUUCAUUCCUCUUUCAAGUGCCGCAAAUCGCAUUAAAAUAUAUGCUGUGAGUGUAGUAUAGUGUUCCGUUGAAAACUGUCCGGUUUUUUUUCGGCCCACCUUGAGCUUAGAUCCUUAAUUCAAUCGGAUGCGAGGAAGAACUGGAGCGGAGGCGUCAAGGUUUUUGUGCCCGUGGCGAUGCUAAUGAUGAGGGCUUUGAGUCCCUCACAGCAUGGGGUACGGGGCUGCCCAGAUUGAUAUGCCUGUCAACUUUUGCAUACGAGAAUCAAUGAGAGCUAUAUGCACCAUAGAGCCGAACCUUAUCCAAGGAACUCCGUAGUAGCUGCACCGAUUCGGUAUGGCAGCGCAUCGGAAGCUGAAGAAAAUCCUCCUCGUGGUCUUCGGGUCUUUCUUCUUCCUUUUCCUCCUGACCUGGCCGGAUCUUCCCGUUCCCUUCGUGGCGCCCGUCUUCGAGGUCGCAAGACCAUUUCGGGAACUUCAGGUGGAGGAAGUGGACGCGGAAUCGCUUGAACCAGCUCGGCCAUCGACCAGAAGUUCUCCAGCGAAGAGGAUUUUUCAGGCGGAGGACAUAGACCCGAGAACGAAGGAAAGGCGAGAGCGGAUAGCAGAAACGUGUCGGAGGUAUGACCCCGGGAAGCACAAGCGAAGACCCGGACCCACAGACCCGACCAGGGAUGCGCCGUUUCCCUCCUUCAGUGUCUUCUUCUUCUACCCGAAAAUGCCCUUGGCGUACUGCCCCAUCUACAAGGCGGCAUCGACGUCGUGGCUGUGGUUCAUGCGUCGGUUGGCCGGGGUAUCCGAUGCCACUUUGCUGUCCGGGCAGAUGUUUGAAGUCGCCAGGACCACUUUCCCUCAUAUCACCGUGCCUGGGGAGGCUCAGACGGGCGCUCUGGGAGAAACGUUCGCGUCGCUUCGUCCCCGGUUCGACCUCUUUCCACCUCGUAAAGCCGAGAUGAAAUCCCCCAUCGUGGUCGUGUCCAACCGUUUGCCGUUCAUUCUCUGCAAAGAUGACGACGGGGAGCUGCAGCGGAAGCCAUGCGCCGGCGGACUGGUGACAGCCGUGGCCCCAGUCGUGAUCCAAUGCGGCGGGCUCUGGGUUGGCUGGCCCGGGAUCCACAUGGACGAUCCGCACCAGUCUGUUCCCGAGUCGGACCCAGGGGACAAGGGACCCUCGGCGGGCCUCAAGUCGGAACAGGUCGUAGUCGUCCACGUGGAGGAGCAGAUUUUCGACGACUACUACAAUGGAUGUUGCAAUGCUACUUUCUGGCCCCUCUUCCAUUCCAUGCCAGAUCGGGCCGUUUUUGUGGCGGAUAUGUGGGAGGCAUACUCGACGGUGAACGCGAUGUUCGCCUACAAAACCGUGGAGGCCCUGAAGAAGCUGAAGGCGCAGGAGGAGGAGGGCGAGGAGCGCAUCCCCUUGGUCUGGAUCCACGAUUAUCACCUCAUGCUCGCUGCUAAUCACAUUCGGCAGCAAUGCGAAGAGGAGAAUCUGAAAUGCAAUCUGGGAUUCUUCCUCCACAUACCCUUUCCACCAUGGGACAUUUUUCGUCUCUUCCCCUGGGACGACGACGUCCUUCAAGGAAUCCUCGGAUGCGACAUGGUGGGAUUCCACAUCGAGGACUACUGUCGGAAUUUCCUGGACUGCUGCCAGCGGCGGUUGGGCUUCCGGGUGGACCGAGUCCACAACCUGGUGGACGUGGCAGGGAGGACGGUGAAGGUCCGGGCUCUGCCGAUCGGGAUCCCGUACAAGCGGUUCGAGGAGAUGGCCAAUGCGGCGCCCAGAGCACUGCAAUCCUCUCAGCAGAUCAUCCUUGGGGUCGACAGACUGGAUUAUACCAAGGGACUUGUGAACAGGAUCCGAUCCUUCGAGCGAUUGCUGGAGAAGCAUCCCGAGCACUUGGAGGUGGUGAAGCUAAUGCAGGUGGCCGUCCCUUCCCGGACGGACGUGAAGGAGUACCAGCAGCUGAAGGAGCAGAUAGACCUGGAGGUCGGACGCAUCAACGGACGCUUCUCCACGGCCAAUUGGUCCCCCAUCCGGUACAUCUUUGGGUGCAUUUCCCAGGAUGAGCUCGCCGCUUAUUACAGAGAUUCGUCUGUGGCACUGGUAACCCCUCUUCGAGAUGGAAUGAACCUGGUGGCGAAGGAAUACGUGGCCUGUCAGGUGGACAAGCCAGGCGUGCUGAUCCUGUCUCUCUUCGCGGGAGCCGGGGAGACGAUGCACGAGGCCCUGCUCGUGAAUCCCUACGAACUGGACGGCGUGGCGGACACCCUCCACCGCGCCCUCACGAUGCCCGAUGAUGAGCGGGAGAUGCGCAUGUAUCACUUGAAGAAGAGGGAGCGGACCAUGGAUGUGGACUUCUGGCUCAGCUCCUUCCUCAAGGCAAUGGGGAGCCUUGACUUCGGCGAGGAGCAGGAUGAACCAAUGGUUACGAAGAGCCUGGGCCCUAUGACAAUGGAGGACUUCGAUGAAUUCCUCAGCGAUUAUAUCGGAGACACGGCCAAGAUAGCCCUCCUCUUGGACUACGACGGAACGCUGGCCCCCAUCGCUCCCAAGCCGGAUAUCGCCUUCAUGCCGGCAGAGACGAAGAACAUCCUCGUCCGACUGAGCAACAGCAGCGACAUCGCCAUCGCCAUCGUAUCCGGCCGAAGCCUGGAAGACGUGCGGAAGAUGGUCGGGAUCGAUGGAAUCACCUACGCAGGGAAUCACGGCCUGGAGAUUCUCCACCCAGACGGAAGCAAGUUCGUCCACCCGGUCCCCGAGGUGUAUCACGAGAAGAUGCGGAACAUGUGUCAGGAGCUGCAGGACGAGUGCUGCAGGGAGGGUGCCUGGGUCGAGAACAAGGGCAACAUCUUGACUUAUCACUUGCGCGCUGUACCGAUCCAGCUCAGAAGUACAUUCAAGCAGAGGGCGACUGCCAUUAUCAUCAAGAAUGGCUUCAAGUGCUAUCCGGCUCUCUGCGCCAUCGAAGCCAGGCCACCUGUCCAUUGGAACAAAGAAGGUAUUGACCAGAUUAGCAAAGACUUCCCAGACAGAGUUCUUCCCAAAGAACUCAUGUAA